CACACAGAAGCAGGAAGCCACUCCUCAUUUCGGAGAAAAAGAAACUCAGAGUGUCGCUCUCUCUCUCUCUCUCUCAGUGUGUGAGUGCAGGAAAAUGGCCGAGGCCAGUAUUUCAGUAGAUCAGGAUCAGUUCAUCUGUCCAGUCUGUCUGGAUCUACUGAAGGAUCCAGUGACUAUCCACUGUGGUCACAGUUUCUGUAAGGUGUGUAUUAAUGACUGCUGGGAUCAGGAAGAUAAGAGCGGAGUUUAUAGCUGUCCUCAGUGCAGAGACAUUUUCACUCCAAGGCCUGUUCUACGCAGAAACAACAUGCUGGCUGAAGUGGUGGAGAAACUGAAGGAGACUGAAGUCCAAGCUGCUUCUCCUGCUCACUGUUACGCUGGACCUGGAGAUGUGGAGUGUGAUUUCUGCAGCGGGAGAAAACGCAAAGCCGUCAAGUCCUGUCUGGUGUGUGUAGCCUCCUCUUGUGAAACUCAUCUGAAACCUCACUAUGAAGUUCCUGGAUUGAAAAAGCACAAAUUAAUUGAAGCCUCUGGAAAUCUUCAAGAGAAGAUCUGCUCUGAGCAUGAUAAAGUGCUGGAGAUCUACUGUCGUACUGACCAAAGCUUCAUCUGUUAUCUGUGUACGAUGGAUAAACACAAAGGCCACGACUCCGUCUCACUUGCAGUAGAAACAACUGAAAAACAGAGUGAGCUAAAGGAGGAGCAGAUGAAAUCCCAGCAGAGAAUCCAGGAGAAGCAGAAGAAGGUGCAGGAGCUGAAACAGGCUGUGAACACUAUAAAGCUCAGUGCACAGACAGCAGUGGAGGACAGUGAGAGGAUCUUUACUGAGCUGAUCAGCUCCAUGGAGAAAAAGCGCUCGGAGGUGACGGAGCUGAUCAGAGCUCAGGAGAAGACUGAAGUGAGUCGAGCUGAACGACUCCUGGAGCAACUGGAGCAGGAGAUUGCUGAUCUUCAGAGGAGAGUCACUGAGCUGGAGCAGCUUUCACACACACACGAUCACAUCCAUUUCCUCCAGAGUUUCCAGUCUCUCUGUGUGUCUUCUGGACGUGACGACUCAUCCAGCAUCACUGUCAAUCAACAUCUCUCAUUUGAUGGAGUGAGGAAAUCUCUCUCUGAUCUGAAAAAGAGACUCGAGGAAUUCUGCCAGAUGGAAUUCAUCAAAAUCUCUGAACAUGUUGAGGACGUUCAGAUUUUACUCUCAGAGCCAAAGAGCAGAGAUGAGUUUCUGAAAUAUUUCUGUGAUCUGACUCUGGAUCCCAACACAGUAAAUUAUAAUCUCAUUCUGUCUGAGAAGAACAGAGUGGUGACGUACAGUGAGAUGAAGCAGCCAUACUCUGAUCAUCCAGAGAGAUUUGACUCCUUGUGGCAGGUGUUGAGUAAGGAGAGUGUGUGUGGACGCUGUUACUGGGAGGUGGAGUGUAGCCAUGUGGGAUAUGUGGAAAUAUCAAUCUCAUAUAAAGACAUCAGCAGGAAAGGACGGGGUGAUGAGUGUGCAUUUGGACGCAACGAUCAGUCCUGGAGUCUGGAGUGUUCUUCUUCUUCUCUUUAUUUCUGCUCUUUCUGGCACAACAACAUUGAGACUGAGCUUGGAGUUCCAUCAUCCUCCAGAAUAGGAGUGUAUGUGGAUCACAGUGCAGGAACUCUGUCCUUCUACAGCGUCUCUGACACGAUGAAGCUCCUCCACAGAGUCCACACCACAUUCACUCAGCCUCUAUAUGCUGGGUUUAGGCAAUACUGGAAUGAUUUGUAUGAAUCAGGACUAACUGUGAGGUUGUGUGCUCCAAAAUACAGGAAGCCACUCCUCAUUUCAGAGAAACAAAACUCACAGUGCCACACUUCUCUCUCAGUGUGUGAGUGCAGGAAAAUGGCCGAGGCCAGUAUUUCAGUAGCUCAGGACCAGCUCAGCUGUCCAGUCUGUUUAGAAGUACUGAAGGAUCCAGUGACUAUCCCCUGUGGACACAGUUUCUGUAUGGUGUGUAUUAAGGAUCACUGGGAUCAGAAUGAUGAGAAGAGCGUCUACAGCUGUCCUCAGUGCAGAGACACUUUCACUCCAAGGCCUGUUCUACGCAGAAACAACAUUCUGGCUAAAGUGGUGGAGAAACUGAAGAAGACUGAAGUUCAAGCUGCUUCUCCUGCUCACUGUUACGCUGGACCUGGAGAUGUGGAGUGUGAUUUCUGCAACAGGAGAAAACACAAAGCCGUCAAAUCCUGUCUGAUGUGUCUGGCCUCCUUUUGUGAGACUCAUCUUAAACCUCACUAUGAAGUUCAUGGAUUGAAAAAGCACAAGUUAGUUGAGGCUACAAAAAAUCUAAAAGAGAAGAUCUGCUCUGAGCAUGAUAAAGUGCUGGAGAUCUACUGUCGUACUGAUCAAAGGUCCAUCUGUUAUUUGUGUACGAUGGAUAAUCAUAAAGGUCAUGAAACUGUCCCUGUUGUAUCAGAAAGAGCAGAAAAACAGAGUGAGCUAAAGAAGGAGCAGAUGAAAUCCCAGCAGAGAAUCCAGGAGAAGCAGAAGCAGGUGCAGGAGCUGAAACAGGCUGUGAACACUAUAAAGCUCAGUGCACAGACAGCAGUGGAGGACAGUGAGAGGAUCUUUACUGAGCUGAUCAGCUCCAUGAAGAAAAAGCACUCGGAGGUGACGGAGCUGAUCAGAGCUCAGGAGAAGACUGAACUGAGUCGAGCUGAACGACUCCUGGAGCAACUGGAGCAGGAGAUUGCUGAUCUUCAGAGGAGAGUCACUGAGCUGGAGCAGCUUUCACACACAGAGGAUCACAUCCAUUUCCUCCAGAGUCUCCAGUCUCUCUGUGUGUCUUCUGGACGUGACGACUCAUCCAGCAUCAUUGUCAAUCAACAUCUCUCAUUUGAUGGAGUGAGGAAAUCUCUCUCUGAUCUGAAAAAGAGACUCGAGGAAUUCUGCGAGGAAGAAUUCAUCAAAAUCCCUUAACAUGUUGAGGACGUUCAGGUUUUACUCUCAGAGCCAAAGAGAAGAGACGAGUUUCUGAAAUAUUUCUGUUAUCUGACACUGGAUUCCAACACAGCAUACUCUAAACUCUCUCUGUUUGAGAUGAACAGCGCAGUGAGCUACAGUAAGAAUGUACAGCCGUACUCUGAUCAUCCAGAGAGAUUUGACAGCCAGGUGCAGGUGUUGUGUAAGGAGAGUGUGUGUGGACGCUGUUACUGGGAGGUGGAGUGGAGCGGUGAGAAGUGUGUGUACAUAUCAGUCUCAUAUAAAGACAUCAGCAGGAAAGGACGGGGUAAUGAGUGUUUUUUUGGAUGCAACAAUAAGUCCUGGAGUUUGCUUUGUUCUUCUUCCUCACUCUGUUUCUAUCAUGACAACAUUAAGACUGAUCUCAGAGUUCCAGCAUCCUCCAGAAUAGGAGUGUAUGUGGAUCACAGUGCAGGAACUCUGUCCUUCUACAGCGUCUCUGACACGAUGAAGCUCCUCCACAGAGUCCACACCACAUUCACUCAGCCUCUAUACGCUGGGUUUGGGUUCGACUACUGGUGGUAUGGUUCUACUGCGACAUUAUGUAAUCCAGAAUAGAGUUAGGAAAAAUCGCUGCACGUUGCUGCAUUGUUGCUCAAUCAUCUGUCCAACAAAACGCCUCAGUAAAUCUACACGGCAACAAUUACACAGCUAACGUCAAACACUAAUAAGAUAAAAAAAACUGGUCAAAUGAUUGUUUUCAGUAAGUCACUGUGGAAAACACCUACAGUGUCUUGAAUUUUGUUGGAGCAUUGUUUAAAAGCCACAGCCUGUCUGAGGACUGGUGCUGAUCAUGGGCCUCCCUUUAUAGCCACCAUUUACCAUCUUAUAAGCUUAAGCUUGAAAAUGUGCCAUGUCAUAAAACAGAAGUCAUCUCAAACUGGUUCCAUGAACGUGAGUUCAGUGUACUUCAUUGCCCUCCUCAGGUACCAGAUCUGAAUCCAAUAGAGCAGCUUUGGUAGAUGUGGUAGAACAGGCGUUUCACAGGAUGUAAUGUAAUCACAUCAAUACAAACUCAAAUGAAUGUUUCCCAAAACCUUGUGGAAUCCACGCCAUGAAAAAUAGGGUCUGUUCUGAUGUUAUUAUUAUUAUUAUUAACAUUACCAUUAACUUCAUUACAGCACUCUGUUAAUUGUUUUCCUCUAACAGCAUGAUACAGAGUGUUUUAUUCCUUACUUAACCUUCUGAUUUUCUGUUUUAUACAAAAUUAUAGCAUUUUAUAAUAGCAAGUUUAUAGAGUUUAUGGUGUAAGAGUUUCAGCUCUUUAUUCCAGCAGCAGUGGAGCUGUUUGGGGAUGAACGUCUUGUUCCAGGACACAACAGCAGCAGGACUCAGCUGAAUGAUGGACUUGAUGAAAGCAGAAAUCUCCAUUCUAAUGAAUCUUGAAUCUAAAAUCGGGGCGUGUUGCAUAACUGCUAACGUGUAAAUAACUGUGAGAUUGAUCCAGAGACUGUAUUUGAUCCGAAAUAACAUCUGUAGUGUUUUAUGACAAAUCUCUGCACGUUGCCACAUUGCUGCUCGAUCAUCUGUCUUACUAGCACACUAUCGUAUGGAGUUUGCCAACAGACUCUCUUUGUACCCUAGGUGUCUUUCUAACAGGAUACCUUUAUAAAAAGCUUAAAAUCUCCCUCACACUAUUCAAAAGUAAAAAAAAAAUCAAGAAAUACCAAACACAGGUCGAAUGGCACGUCUUCAAAUCACUGUGUAUUGGAUCCUCUACUUUUUCUUAUGAUUCUGUGAAAGUGGGCCACUUUAUUUCUUUACUCUAAAAUCAGAAGAGAUGUUUGGAAUUUCAUAUCCAUCUUUUUUUUCUUUGCUUGUAAUAUGCACUAAUACAAAAAAUAAACUUUUUAU